AUGGACAACACCAACCUAGCCCAUCCACACACCAUGGACAAGACGGACCCACGCACCAUGGACACCCCCAUCCCAACCCAUCGCAAAGCCAUCAUCGGCAACCCCAACGGCCUAUUCUGGCUGUACGACACCACGACCGGCUUCGACCUCACCCACCCAGCCACCCCGACCUCCACCUCGACCUCCACAGGCCGCCACACCAUCACCACGACCACACAGCCUGUGACCAUCAGCGCAUCCAAGUCGGCCCUAGUCAUCAUCGACAUGCAGAACUUCUUCUUGUCGCCCAGUCUCGGUCGGCCGCGUGACUCCAAAGGCCUGCUCGCGCAGCACCAGCUGUUGAGAUUCGCCAUCCCCGCGGCGCGCAAGGCCGGCAUCCGCGUGGUCUGGUUGAACUGGGGUCUGACGGACGAAGAGGUGGUUGCCAUGCCUCCCAGCACUCUUCGGGCGUUUGGGUUCGAGACGGUGCGCGCCGAGGAUUUUGAGGCGUAUGCCACCAUCGAAGAUAAACAAGCGGCAAUGGACUCUCAUGGCGUCAAUGAAGGUUGCGACAAGAUCGGCGACGACGGUGAUGGCGACGGAGUCGAUACCACAGCCAAAACAACCCCAGGCUCCGGGCACACUCAGACUCGUCCCCGGAUCUACAGAGGUCUCGGCACCGACAUUGGGCCCGUGACUCUCGAUGACGGUGUUGCCGUGGAUGCAGGCAGACUCCUCAUGCGCGACACAUGGAACGCCGACCUCACGCCUGCUCUGCGACAAGCGUACGAGCAAGGCCUGGCCGCGAAUCCGCCCGACGUCUGGAUCCAUAAGAACCGCAUGUCUGGCCUCUGGGGCGCGCGGUCCGACUGUACCGACUUUCUCGACCGGGAGGGCAUCCAGACCCUGUUCUUUGCGGGGGUUAAUACUGACCAAUGCGUCGGAGGGAGUUUGCAGGAUGUAAGUUUGGAUCUUUCUCCUUCUUUCUGUCUUUUUGUCUAUUUAGGGUGA